GCAUUUCAUCGUCACAUAAUUUCCACCUGGGACUUCAACCCCAAUGGUUACAAACGUCGCGAUGCAGGAUCCUCCACCUCCAGUACCCCCGCCAAAACCAGGCAGCCACGAUCCAAGUCGCCUGAAUACACCAGUCACUCCAUUGUCACCAUCUACAACGCCGAGUCAGGGUGCUAUUUCCGUAGAAGGGCAUGACUCUUCGGGCUGGCAACCUGCCACUCGACAUGAUUCUAUGAGAACAACAUCGUCAACAAUCGACCCCGGUGACCAGUGGCUGCCAGGGAUCCUGCAAGACAAAUCUAAGCAGGAGUUGGCCGAGAUUCUGGCCAGUCCUAAGCUCCUAGAGGCUCUCACGCACUCUGUCGACACCGUUCAGCCGUCUCUCGCAGAGUCGCAUCAAGCACUGCAUGCCAUGCUCGGUGAGAACUUGCAGCUAGCUGCGCAACUGGCGGACCUGGAAGCGCGCUUGACACAUCAGCGGUCGACGACGCAAGCACAACUCCUCUCCACACAUGCCCUUGAGAGACAGUGGCGACAGAAACAAACGGAUAUGGAUCACGCGCUCUCGCCAUUUGCACCGGCAGCACUUUAUCAGCGACUGGGCCAGGGCGUACACGAGCAAGCAACCGUAUGCCACGCGAUGGAAGAGAGUUUCCUUGAGGGCCAAGCGGACGGCGCCUUCGCCUCCGAGAGGGAGGCCCUCGACUGGGUAAGAAGGUACAGAGAAGCCAAAGCACUGUACUACCUGCGACAGGAAAGAAAGAAUCGCUGGGACGAAGGUCGUGUUGGCGGAUGGAGGUGAUGGUUUUCGGUCCUCUGACCACGGAUCAGUUCGGCGCGGCGGGUACGAGCAACAUCUUGGCGCGGCCGACCAUCACGAGAAGUGGAAGCCACCGCGCCCGAGGAGACUCCGAAUGGCUUCGCUCAGAUGAUAUUGGAUCCGUUGUUGGCGCUGUUGUUGUCUCGGCCGGUCUUUCAACAUGGUCCGCACGCGGUUCGGGGCAGCGAACGCUACAGGUAUCGAUACAGUGUCACAGUGCGGCCAGAACAGGACGACCCACAUUGAAAGGCUCGGGGAACUGCACGGAGAAAUAUACAAGUGUGGGCCAGAACUUGAGAGAGUUAAAGGGUUUGACCGAGAAAGGGCCGUUCCAACCGCACUAGCACAACAGAGCCAGGACAACCUCCCU